AUGAAGAGGUUCAUUGUGGUAUUUGCUGCUCUGCAUGCUGUUAUAUCAAAAGAUUUCAACAAAAUAAAUAUAUGUAACUUCAAGACAGAUCAUCGUAUUCAAGUAGAUUUAAAUGAUCAUGGGGAAAUCCACUCUCCAAAUUACCCAGAAUCCUUCGGGGGAGCUUUCUUGUCACCUGCAAGUUGUUACCUGACUCUAUAUGGAUGCCCUGAGUGUAAAAUAGAACUAAGGUUCACAGAGAUUGUGUUGCCUCCUUGCGAUAUUCCUCCACCAACACAAGACACUUGCGUCGAUAAGUGUGAUACUCUGUUUGUUUAUGAGGAGUUCUAUACAGAGAAUACUAUAGCAUAUAUACAGAAACAGAAUGUAUCAAAAGUGUUCACCUCAAUAUCUAACUCAGUCACUCUGAAGUUAUGUAUGGUGAAGAGACUAGAGAAGAGGUUUAAGAUCAACUAUGUAAUUCAAGAAAAGAAGCAAUAUUUUACUCUUGGGCCUAACGGAACAAUUCGGGGUCCCAACUUUCCAAAAGGAUAUGCGAUGCAGGGAGAAAAAUAUUCCUAUUUAAUCAAGAAUCCAGAUGUAAAUGGAUUUAUUCGCAUUGUGUUUGAUGAUUGGAAUUUGAACUCAAAAAGCAGCCAGAUGUUGUUCUAUAAUGAUGAAAGUGAGAAGGAUGUGAUCUUUACAUCAUCGGGUUACUCUCGUAGACCAGCUGUACAGUCAAGUGGACCUGUCCUUUUAGUUGUAUUUAAGUCAGGCUGGGCAGAUGGCAAAAUGAUAGGAUUCAAAGGAACAUAUGAAUUUGUUACAAAAUCAACGUGGACAAAUAAACCAACAACAGCCUGUGGUUCAUACAACAAUGUAUGUUAUAACAAUGGUCUGAUAACCUGUGGAGUGAUCACAUUCAAUAGUUACUCACAGACAGGGUCUGGAUACUUUGAUUGUAACUGGUCUUUAACAACACCCAAAGGUUUCCAUGCCUUCUACCUGAAAUUGAAGACAUUCCGCCUCAAUCAAGGUUGGCGAGAAUGGCUCAAUAGCCUUGAAAUAAGACGUGGUGUAUCAUCAGAUGGUGCCUUACUAGGGCAUUAUAAGGCCAAUGACACCCCUCAAGAUGCUUUUGAUGGAUUUGUUGAUACAAGUGGCUUUUAUGUGAGGCUGAAGGGAGUCUAUCACAUGAGUGACCUGUUAGAAGUUACCUUCACAGCGUUUAUUGUCCCUACAUCACAUGGCUGUGAUCUGUACAGGUACUUCCCCUGUAGUAACGAUAGGUGUGUCAGUAGAGACACUAUGUGUGAUGGUACCAACCACUGUGGAGACAACUCUGAUGAAUCAUUAGCAAGUUGUGAAGCCUCCAAAAUCAAAGUGUGCAAGCCAUAUGAAACACUAUGCUCUAACAAAUACCAGUGUGUACCAAGUACAAAAAUAUGUGACGACUGGCCAGAUUGUCAAAGAACAUCCAGUGAGACUAUUAGCAGUGAUGAACUCAAUUGCAAAGUUACAACUGUAUCAUCAUCGACUUCUAAUAGCUGUGUGGCUCCUACUUGGUUCGAAUGUGACAAUGGUCAGUGUAUUCACAACUGGAAGAAAUGCGACAAUAUUGUUGACUGUGAAGAUAAGUCUGACGAGAAAUCAGCCAUAUGUGACAAAGAGACUUCCAGCAAUGGGUACAACUACUGGCAGGUUGUCAUGCCUGUUGGACUAUCGCUGUGCAUCGCACUAUUUCUUUGUGUAUUAAUACUCUGCAUGAGAAGUCUCUAUAAAAGGAAACAACGGAGGAGACGAAUGCAAGCCGCCCGGUCCAACCUGUCAACAAUAAACAGAUCAAGUCCAGCAGGGGCUGCACCAGGUACAGGGAGACAGACACAGAUAAGUUUCUCUAUCACAUCAACUGAGCUGGGCUUUGACAUGCCAGACAGACAGGCACCUCCGAGCUAUGAUGAUACCAUGAGAUAUGAGGGCAAUGUAAACAUGGCCUUCAGUAACUCGAUGGGCAGAUUAAACCUGGAUGAUCUGCCACCACCACCUGCCUACACCCCCCUGAAUGUAACAGCCACUCAAAACGAUGACAAUUCUGAACCACCAGUGGCUCCCACUAGAUCUGAAAGAAGAAGGCGGCGUAGAAGUCGUUCCCGAAAUACAAACUCGGAAUCAUCUGAGGCAAUAACUUCAGAAAAUAGACCUAAGAGGGGAGUAGAAAUGGCAGUUCAAACUGAAAAUAUCAGUGAUUAUGAUAAUGCUCCAAAAGAUAGUGCUGAAGGUGACCCAGAUCAAGUAGAAAUCACUGUGGCAGCCAAUAGCCCAGCAGUGCCAUCUACAGGUGCCCUGAGGAAGAUUAAAGUUGGGAACAUCUCAAAGUAUAUAGGACGUAAUGAGACAAUGUUGCUUGAUAAAGAUGGCAAGAUGAUCCCUAAUGUGAAAUACACUGUUAGCCCUGUUGAACCACAUUCAAGUGACACUGAUAUCUCUGCUACUAACGUACAUGGAUCACUUGAUAGAGAUAAAUGUAAAACUGUUGACAACCUAGAAAACGUUAGUGAUGAGAAUUGUGAUGGUGUAAAAUGUAAAAGUGAAGAUCCCAAUAGUGAUGUUCUUAUAUUGGAGGCCAGUAAUGAUAUUAAGAAUCCUUCUCAAUCAAAACAAAGAAGCAGUAGUGAACAAGCACUGAAAACUCUUUUUGACUCAAAUGAUCAAUCCCUGUCUGACCUUGACCCUUCGAAGCAGACGGAUCCAUCAACAAGACCACCAACUCCACCUAUAUCGAAAUACCCAACAUUGGGUAGAAGUCAGAGUGAACAUUCCAUACCCCAGUUAGGAUAUCCUACCCCCACGGGAUCAAGUGGGUCUAUCCCAAGGGUGUCCUCUACUGGGAAGCUUUUGCAUUCCAGUCAUAAUUUAGUUGGUUGUGACAAUCCAGCAUUUAGUGCAGUGCUUGAUAAGCAAUAUUUGAAGUUUAGUUCAGACAUAUCGUUGUCAGAUGAUGAGUGUACUGUGUGAGAUAUGAAAGCCAGUCAGCGAAGAUUGUACAUGAAUGAACAUAUAGCAUCUGUAUAAUGAGUAUACAGUAUAUAU